AUGUAUCGCAUUACUUAUUGGCUACUUUAUGGUCACUACUGUUACUCGCUCGCUCUGGGUACACUACGUUUUCGUUAUGAUUUCAAUAGCAACAAAGCGCACAUCACACCUUUCAUCACAUAUUACAGCGCUGUUAUGAAUGUGCUGGCUUUAACAACAUUGCCUUGGACUUACUACACAGCUGUAUGCACAUUUCUGAAAAACGAGCGUGUGAGCCGCCUGGGUCUCUAUGUCUUCAUAGCGACCAAAACACUGCGUUUACUGGCUGUGGCGCUGGUCAUCGUCUACAAUUGGCAACGGCGUCGUGAUAUCUUGAAGUUUAUACGGGAUAUUAACCAUUUGCGUUGCGUUUACUUUGCACGCUUUCCACUACCGUUCGAGUGGCAACGACGCUUCGAAAUAAAGAUCAUAAAAAAUAUGCUCUCUGGUAUACUCUUCGAUGCCUUAAGGCUCAUCAUAGUGCUUGGUGUUCAUAAAAAUCAGGUGAACGUGACCUUCAUUAUCAGCAACGUGUUGUUCUCUCUCAUCUCCAAUAUUCUCUAUUUGAAUAUGAAUCACUACUAUUUUGCCAUGCGAACCAUUAUACUCUUCGGGAAUGUGUUAAAUCGCCAAUUAGCCGAUAUUAUUAAAUCUGCGAAAUCCGUGACACGACUACGAGAUCAUCAGCGCUGCCGAAAGCAAUUCAAGGCGCGCUGUCUCACGUUAAGCCGCGAGCUGGACGAAUUGGCGUUGGUGCAUGUACAGCUGCAGAGCUUGGCCUUACGCAUAAAUGACAUAUUGAAAUGGCAAGGUGUGGGCGUACUGCUCAAUGUGUUCAUUUUAAAUAUUUCUUUAAUACACACCAUUUAUUCGGUGUUGUGGGUCGGUGAGUUCACAAUCAGUCAAUAUGGCUGGGUGUCUGUAUUGAUGGGCAUCGCAUAUCUGGUCUACACUGUGGACAUGGUGGAUUUUUUUGUUACGAUACUCGAGCACGUGCGUGUGUUUCACAAGUCCUCUAUACAUUUGGAGCUGCAUGCUAACCUGCCGCAGAUGAACAAGGAGUUCGAACGAAGUGUAGAGAGCUUUCAGCUGCAGCUGUCGACUAACGAAUAUCAAAUGAGCUUAUUGGGUUUAUUCAAUUUCAACAGCGAAUGUGUGUUCUCAAUGUUUGCUUCGGUGGUGGCUAACUCUAUUUUAAUUAUACAAUUUGACUAUCAAUAUUUCCAGUAAACCAACGGCUUGGUUUAGUACAUCGGUAGACUGUCAGAAGUGAAUUUAGCCCCUCCACAAGCUAUUACAGUCAACGUGGAUCUCGUAGUCACCAAAAGAUAGUACUUUUCAAAAAGUGUUCAACUCAGUGGUUAGUUAGUGGAGAAGACCAGUUUGCGAGAACUAAAACUUGCAUUUUAAAUAAACCAAAAGAAGAAAUUGACGCCGCUUUAUAAAGAAUUCCUGUUCAACCCACUGUUCCAGGAGUCUCCACGAAUGCUUUGUAUCAUCUUUUGGGCAAAUAACGCGAGGUUCGGCACUUUUCGCUUUACUUGCAACCAAAGCUUUCCUAUGGCACUGUCUAAACAAAUUCGUGUUUACUCGAGCAUCAAAUGCAAUUCACAUUUUAUUCGUCACUCUGGAAAUUUAUUUGCAGAAAGAAAAUCGAAAGCAAGCAGAGAGAAGCCACCUCAUUUGAAGAAGUCACAGUGAUAGGAAGGGAGUAGAGUUGACAAUAAGGCUGGGAUUUCGGUGAACUGCAGUCAUGUUAAAAGACAUAUAUACAACGGGUUAAACUCACUUUCUUACUGCUAUAGUCGUGCAGAUUUCAAAAUCUCUGACAAGACACUCACAUAUAUUUCAUUGAAGUUAUUGGCAAAUCAGAGACCACAUAAACUCUCAAUUUUACAAGAACCUCUGUUAACAACUCA